GAUGCAGGUGCACACGUGGCCUCCAACGGUCGGCGUUCACUGUCACGCUGGCCAGAUGCUAGCAGGGCAGGUGGUUGUCUUCCUCUCCCUGACCUGGACCACGCACCAGAGCCUGGCCAUCCCCAGGAUCACGGAAUGUGGCCUCUCCUGUUCACAGGGCUUUGCCUGCAAGAGCCGCACAAACUGGAACAUUUUCAACAGCUUCUGCAGGGCUCCCCCCAUGUCCAUGUCCCGGUCUGUCCUGGAGUCCCUGGAGCUCUCCACAGGCAUGAAGUGUGACCCUCGGGAAGGCUGUGCCCUGCACCUCCGCGUGCACGCCUCCCUCAUGUUGCUUGAGGGCCUGCGGGGCCUGGAGAUCUGCACCAUGAACCUGGACACCCAGGCGGCUCAGUGUCAGGCAGUGCGGGUGCCCAGGGCCUCCCGCCCACUUCACGUGGGGCAGCAGCUCCAGGUGGUCUUCGACUGCUUCGAGGUGAGCGUGGCCCAGCACCUCUAUGUCACCUUGAGGACCAUCCCCAACUUCUGUGGGGUGCAGCUGGACCAGCAGUACCAUGUGGAAGACUGCAAAGACGAAGACGUGGCGAAGAACAUGCCUGACUGCUCGGCCGAGAAGCUCACCUACCAGGUGAACCGCAGCCGCAAGGCCAUCCUAGUGCAGGUGCCGGAAGCCCUGGGGAGCCCCGACUACUACGUGCGGCUCUGCCUCAGGUGGCUCGUCUGUGAGGAUGCCGGCCCCACCGUUACGGUGUCUCCGAAUGGGCUCUCCCGGACUGUAUCUUUGCCCUACAGCCAAGAGCUGCCGUGUCUGUGCCUCGAGGGCUGGUCUUCAACCCCAGACGCAGUGCGGAUUCAGACCUGCCCCUUUGAAGAUGACACUGAGGCGCUGUGGGACGCCAUCCACUACCAUCCGGGCAGCCAGGCGCUGACCUGGGUGCCCAUCUGCCCUGUGAGCGGGCGCGUGAGCCUAUGCUGGCUCCAGGAGCCCGGGACCCCGUGCAGCGAGCUGGAGCACUCAGGCCGGCCGGCACACAGCAGGGUACAGUACCCGCUGGUGGACACACAGCCCCAGCUCUGCCUGAAGUUCUCCACCCACGGGGGCUUCUGGGUGCGGUGUCCCUUUGCACAGCGGCGCUUCCCAGCCUGGAGGAUGACGGUCCAGCCAGCACCGUCGCAGGGCUUCCUCCGGGCGACUUUCUUCUCCCCCAGCCCCGCCCGCUUCCAGGUGCGCCUGUGUCCCCAGUGGAAGCCCCUACGCCCCACCUGCCACCGGGCGCUGGAGACCACGUCCCUCCCUGCAGCCUUAGUGAGCCGGGGUGACCCCUCAGCGGAGCCUGCUGCCGCCUUUGUGGACAUUCCCCGGGAGGAGGCCUGUGCCCCCGGCAUCUGUAUCCAGGGCUGGAGGACCGACAUGCACUUCUCAGUCCCCCAGCAGCUGUGCCACGUCCAGUGCGCCGUCACCCACGAGACCGCAGCCUGAGUCCCUAUCUCAUCAGGAACAAGCUCCCUGUGCCCCCGUGGCCUCUCGGACAACUCAUGGACACAGCCACCAUCACUGGCCCUGAGGACUCGGGCCUGACCUCUUGCCUGCCAGCUGCCCAGAGCACUCCCAGGGCCCUGGAGUGUCGGGUGACCUCCCUUUCCACAGCUGAAGGGCCAGGCUCAUGGGGGCUGGCCAAGGACAACCUCCAGCUCCCACCCCAAGCACCUCACGCUGGGCCAGGGUCCACACCAAAUGGCGCUGCAGAUGCGGGGCCCCCAGUCCUCCCCAC